ACCUGUUUGUACUAUUUUUUGACUAUUUAUUAUAUUUUAAUUGAAAAGUAUUUAGUGCAACUCUGAAAAUUGACAUCAACAAAAAACUAUAAUUAAAUUGGCACCUGCAAAGUGCAACGCCAGUCGGCAACUUGUGGUACUUUUUUCAUAUAUUCAAUUUGCAUGCAUUAAAACAAUAACAAUUUGCUUAAGUUGAACAAAUAUCGAAAAUAUCUCGCAAAGAAACUGAUUGAAGCAGUUUUACGUUUGCAAUAUGGAUAACUCUACAUUAUCAGAUGCAAUGAACGAAACAGUAAGCAGUAAUCUGCCGCUUUAUUACAAUCGUCGACGAUUCGUAUACGGCGGCAUUAUGAUGUCUCUGGGUGUAGUUGGUAACUUUCUGGCUCUUUUGAUAUUGGCGCGCAAAAAAACCGGAAAGAAUAGCAAAUAUACUUUAAUGCUGCGCUCCUUGGCUACAAAUAAUCUUAUUGGAUUACUCGGUAUGAUAACAACGCUUUUGCUAAAGCUCUAUUUGCCUGCUGAGGUCUUUGCGAGGUACACCCACUGGGAUUGUGCUCUAAAAGUUGUAUGGCGUUUCUUUGGAUUGUAUUCGGGCUGCAUUGCUGCUGUCAUGGCUAUUGAGCGUUGGAUGGCUUUAGCACGCCCUUUCAUCUAUCACAAGCACAUAACAUAUGAACUUGUACGCAAAACAAUUCAUUCACUGAUACUCAUUGCGAUUGUUAUCACGUUUUUGCCGUUCGUCGGUUUUGGCGCCUAUAUUGAUGAAAGUAAUCCGGAAAAGCCUGUAUGUAUGCGUUACCGUGAUGCUCAGGGUUUCUGGAAUAAAUCAUAUGCUGUACUUUUUAUGAUUUUCGGAACCACGCUGUGCAUCGUAAUUGUUGCUUGUAAUUUAUUUGUUGCUCGAGUUUUAUGUGUUAUUGGACGUAGUCGUACCACCACACGUCACAUGCACUACGACAUGGUAAAUCGUGAGAAAGGCAGUCGCAUCGAUGCCGAACCUAGCAGUGGUUCAUCAUUGUACCACCAUAGUAAUAGUGUCACCAUGACGGCUGCCUCGUCCCCCGAUGAGAUUAAAUUCGCUAAAUUGAUGGCCUUUCUGAGCAUAUCCUUUGUUAUAUGCUGGAUGCCGCAAAUGAUUGCUAUACCAAUGGCUAUAUCGACAAAUCCAGUACGCAAAACGCAUCCAUUCUUUAUGUUAGCUGACUUUCUCAUGGCUCUACAUUUCACCUCAGACCCUUAUAUCUAUGUCUUAAGCCGUACCAAGCACGGUUACCUUUUGGGUUGCAUAAAACGUUGGCGCUGCAAUCUGAAACGGUCACAAAGCGACCAAAGCCGCUUACGCACCACAAUCGAACAAAAUACCACAGACUGUGGUGUAAAUUAAAACUAUGUAUAUAAGCAUUAUAUCUCAUUUUACAAUUGAAUAAUAUUUUUAAAUUAAAUUAAAUUUAAGUUUAGGUAAUAAUUGCAUUUUCCAAACCAAAAAUCUUAAUAUUGUUAGGAUCGAAUGAAGUACUUAAUACAUUCAAUUUGAAAUCACAAAAUUGUUAUUUUUAGCAUUUA